AUGCCCGUUUUGGCUCGUUCUGCGACUUGCCGAGGAACUUUGGCUGAUAUGUCCACCCCCGAAAUCAUAGCAUCCCCAAUACCGCUGAGAAGAUCCUCGAGAACCGAGUAUCCUGAUUCCCUGGAUACAUCGAGCUCGCCUGCAUUAAUUGACCGGAUGAGUGCACCAAAAUCCAGCACGAGAUGUUUCGCUCUCUCGACGGUCUUUCCAUGCCACCCUUCGGUCGAUGUGGAUGAAUCCUCCAAAACUCGGCCCGCAGCAUCAGAGCGUGGUAAAUCGAGAUCGGAGAUACUUAUUUCAUAGCUAGGGUCAAACAGUUUAUCCCAUUUGAACGGGUUAUCCCCGCCCUCGACCAUCCCAUAAACUUGAAUGGCACUUUCAUAAUCUCUGAUUGCCCGGGCCUGGCCGGCAUCAGCUCUCUCCGAAACCUUCUCAACAGGAUUCCAUGGCGCAGCAGCGACAACGGCAUGACGGAGAACUUCCAAGAAGAGUUGUGCCUCCGAGCGAACAAGAUCUUGAGCACUUAAUGCUGCGAGGCCAGAUUCCGCCUCUGGAAUUUGACUAAUCAUAGAGGUAAGUCUCUCAGGGAUUUGAGAGAAAGAGUCCUAUUGCGUUACGUUAGGGCCGGCAGCGUGUGUUAAUAUUGCCCACUUACAUGCAUGGCUCCCAUAACCUCCGAAAAUCCAACGGAAGCGGCCAGGGCGAAGUAAACCUUCCUUCCCAAUUCGAUAUCCUUAACAUUUUUCAAAACAUCACUACAGGCAAUCCUGCAUUUUCUAGCCGAGAAAUUUCCACCACGAAACGAGCAGUCCAGGUUGGCACCAUCCCCAAGAUACUUCUUCGCUAGGGAUUU